AUUUAUUCCUAAUAUACUGAUGUCGCUUGUUAGUUUGUUAGAAAAUUUAAGUAAAAAAUAACUUGUGUGUCGCGCAUGACAAUUCCUCGUUGAGUGUGUAUACUGUUGGAAGGUUGUGAUUCUUUCCUUUUGUUGUGAUUCCUGCCUUUCCUAGUGCCAAUGUAAAUGUACAGUAGGGGUGGGUAGGUUCAUUAGACACAUAGCUUGAUUAUAGGAAUGCAUUACUCCAGUGUAACUUGAUUGUUGGAACAGAGGCUUAAAUGUAGGAAAGAUAGCUUGAUUAUAGGAUCGGUAUUAUUGAUCCAUUGCUAUAUAUGUACAUGUACAUCUCCAUUGAGAAAUAAGAUAAGAAAAAUAUUCUUCCCAAUAUUUGAUUUCAAGUUGGUAUUAGAGCCUCCGACAGGUCCUGUUUCUUUCCUGAUCGAACGCCACCAUGAGCAAGUCAGACUCUGAAGCAUCUGGUAACAAACUUGCUCCCAUUAUUAUUCAAUCCGAAGGUUCCUCUUUCAAUGCAGGGAUUUUACUCAAUGAGACAAUCUAUGAUAUGUGGUCUCAAAUCAUAGAAAUGCAUAUUGCUGAGAAGGAGAAACUCUCCUUCAUUCAUGGGAAUUCAAAGAUAUCUACAGAGAAAGAUGAUGGAUAUGAGAGGUGGUAUGCGGAUAAUCAAAAGGUCAAGAGAUGGUUGUUGAUGUCUAUGUCCCCAGAAAUUAUGAAGCGAUAUCUUCGCUUACCCACGGCUCGUGAUAUUUGGAAAGCUCUCUCUAAAGCCUUUUAUGAUGGAACAGAUGAGUUACAAGUCUUUGCCUUGAAUCAGAAAGCUUUCUCUGCCAAACAAAGGGGCAGAACACUUUUUGUGUAUUAUGGAGAAUUGACCAAAAUUUUUAGUGAGUUGGAUCAUCGUGAUAAGGUGAUCAUGGAGAGUGAGAAAGAUGUUGAAUCUUAUCGAAAACUAGUCCAGCUGCAAAGGGUGCAUAUCUUUCUUGCUGGAUUAGAUGGUGACUUCGAACAAAUCCGUGGUGAAAUUUUAAGGAAGGAACCAAUUCCUAAACUAGAAGAAUGUUACGUGCUGAUCCGCCAUGAGUCCAUUCGACAUAUAAUGAUGAAUGGAGAACCUGAAAACUUUGAAGCUUCACCCAUGGUGGCCCAAAACUGGUCCUUCAAAAAUCAGCAGGAGAAAACAAGGUCUAGCCAUCAGAAGAAUGGUGCAGCAAAAUCUGCCUACAAAUGCACUCACUGUGAUCAAACUGGUUAUACCAAAAGCAAAUGCUUUGAACUUGUGGGGUAUCCAGAAUGGUGGGAUCAUAGCCGCGAUCUGUGAAAGAGGAAUUCCGAGAAGUCCUCUACCUCUGCAGUUGUUGAAACACAGGCAGAGGAUGAUAUUGCUGGGAAGGCCUCGGCAUUGGCAGUAGCUGCAGAUGAUGGUGGACAUUCGAACAAAGCAGACGAUUGGUUGUGGUAUUAGGCAAGGGAAGUUAUACUAUCUUGACUUGACAUCAAAUAGUUCGAACAAGUUGCGUCGAGCUUUGGCAGUAGAUUGUUCUAAGGGGGAGAAGAAAACAUCUGACAUCUGGUUAUGGAAUCGAUGUUUGGGACAUGUCUCUUUUGGUUACUUGCAAAAAUUAUUUCCUAAUUUAUUUGCAAAAUGUGAUAUUUCGAGUUUUAAGUGUGAUGUUUGUGAACUUGCAGAGAGCCAUCGUGUUUCAUUUCCAUUAAGAUUGAAUAAAAGCUCAGUUCCUUUUAUGGUCAUACAUUCUAAUGUUUGGGGGUCCAUCUAAUGUUCCUACAUUUAGUGGAUCUCG